CUCACUCUGUGUUUCUGCGUCUGCUUCUUUCCAGUCUAACAAAGCAUUCUAUUACUCCAGGUAUCCUUCCCAGAUGAGAGGCAUUCAGGUGGCACAGUAUGUUAAGAGCCCUCAAGAGCUCAGGGUCACGGAGCUUCCAGACCCUACACCUGCUUCAGAUGAGUACUUGAUUGAAGUUCAUGCUGCGGCAACCAACUUUUUCGACAUUCUUCAGAUUCAGGGCAAAUACCAGAAUCAACCACCAUUCCCCUGGGUAUCAGGUGCCGAGUUCGCCGGCGUGGUUCUCGCCACCCCUUCCGGCCUCAAGGACCCCAAGUUCCCCGUCGGUUCACGUGUGUUUGGAGCUAGCCAGGGUGCGUACGCUACCAAAGUCAAGGCCAAGGAGACGGCCCUCCUCCCAGCUCCCGAAGGCUGGUCGCUUGUGGAUGCUGCGGGCCUCUUUGUGACGGCACCAACGAGUUAUGGAGCCCUUGUUGUUCGGGCCGGCGUCAAGAAGGGCGACUUCGUGCUUGUUCACGCUGCGGCCGGUGGUGUAGGUCUUGCCGCGGUCCAAGUUGCAAAGGCGUUUGGAGCAACUGUCAUUGCUACGGCCGGAACCAAGCACAAGCUCGAAGUCGCCAAGUCCUUUGGCGCUGAUCAUGUCGUCGACUACACGGACCCCAAGUGGCCCGAGAUGGUGAAGAAGUUGACUCCUAAAGGCAAGGGCGUUGACAUUGUCUACGAUCCUGUCGGCCUGGUAGAUCUGAGCACCAAAUGUACUGCGUGGAAUGGCCGCAUCUUGAUUGUCGGUUUCGCUGCCGGCAAGAUCGAGAAGGUGGCAAUGAACAAGGUUCUUCUCAAGAACAUCAGCCUCGUCGGUGUUCACUGGGGCCAAUACGCUGUUCAUGAGAAGGAGACGGUGGUGACCGUGUGGCAGGGCAUUAUGAAGUUGAUUGCCGAGGGCAAGUUCAAACCGACUGUGUUCAGCGACAAGGAGUUCGUCGGUCUCGAGAAGAUUCCGGAUGCAUUGAUCGCUUUGGGAGGUCGUGAGACCUGGGGGAAGGUAGUGGUUCAAGUCCCGCAGCAGGAAGGGAAAAGCAGGUUGUGAAUUUUAUGGAUAGCUUCACUAGGUUCCGGUGUCGUGUCGAGCGUCGUUGGCCACAAAAUCUCCGUCAUCUGAUGGAAAUUGAAAUACCUUCACCAA